AUGGGUGUGGACCAAUCGGAGAGGCCAAUGCCUGCGAGCGCGGAAUUAUCAUCCGCCGACGUACCGACGACUCGAGUUCCCCAACUGCAGGCUCAGCAAGAGCCAGUCAGAAUAGAGGCAUCAGCGGUGACCACCAUUGACAAUCGACACGCAAGGAACCAGCAGGCUUUCGAGGGUACUGCCAGCCUCGAUCCAGCUGCUCACAUAGACAUGCUUCCGACAACACGGCAGCGCUUGGCCACUCGCCGCCGCCUCCUCGAGCGACUUUUCCAGCUCCCCGCCCGCGAAUUUACCAGCAACACAACGCUCGCGUCCCGUGUGCGACCGCAGCUUCCUUUCCUCUCGAUACCAGUGACGACAACACGGCGCAAAGUCCGUUACUUUACCACCGAAAAGAAGCUAUGGCUGAGGCAUGAGGGCCGACUCUUCCUCCGGUAUAACAUCUCCAUCUGGGGCUCUCUCGUCUGCGUUGUCGCCAUCGGAUUCAUGCUCAACCAAGAAUGGUUGGAAAAAGACUUCCCCACGCCGCAUGAGUGGUCGUUCCUGACGCGCAUGGGUGUUCGGGGCGCGAAGAGUGCGCAGCGGGUUGCUGGGAAUCGGGGCACAAAUUAUGACGAGAUUAUCGUGUCGUGUCAGAAUGCUCUGAAGAGACUUGAGGACCCCCAGCUUGAUGGCGCUGGUGUUCGGGAGCUUCUUGGUGAUGAGCCCUUGUCCAUUGAUGGUUUGGGAAGUGUGGGCAAGGAUAUUUCGACCAAGGACGAAACCUGGAGGCGAGGCUACUACGAGGUCAUGAUGCUGCUGGCGACGACGCUCGAGCAGGUGGACGGCUGGGUCAAAGAUCGCACUCGCAACAUUGUCUGCCCCCCGGCUAUGGUUGUCGGACCCUCGAACCCCCGGCCUCAGCCCAUGCCUGUGGGAGCUCCCGGUGCCCCGAAAGAAGAAAACUGUGAGGUGGCCUACGAGUCUGCGGAGAAUGCCUACCUUCGGAUUCUGACGACCAAGGGCUUCAGCACCAAGCAAAGACUCGAUGCAGCGCUUGCGUAUGCUUCCUUCUUAGACUUCAAGAAGGUGCCGGAGGCUGCUGCCAGGGUUACCCCCCGCCUCCGCCUGAUGGAACGACCCCCCCCAUGGCGCGACAACAAGCAGCUUUGCGAGGAAGCGGCCCUUCACCUCUACAUUGGCGAGAUUCUUUACUCGAGCAACGAUACAUUGCGAACACGCGAGGAAGGUCUCACCUGGACACGCGACGGCGUGGACCUCGCGGAAGAACAGCUUCGCGAGCUGGGCCCCGACACGGCGGCGAACCGAGCGAUGAAGACGACCUGCAGGGAGUGUUUGGGUACAGGGCUGCAUAACUGGUCACUCAUGGUCAAGCGGCUGGCAAAGGAGGAGAAGGCACAGCAGCAGGAGGCUGAAGGGAAAGCCACGGCGGCGGCAGGGUCCACAUCCAAGCUUGGGCGCUUCUGGUCGAGUGCGCCAAACCCGAAGGAGGCAGGGACGCGCUGGGCAGCGGAAGAAAAGGUUGUGUACGAUCGUAUUCGGAGGACAAACGAGCUGCUGGUAGAUGUGGCGCCGCCGUCGGCUGGCUUGUCAGAUCUACUCCGGGCGUAG